CAUGCUUUCAAAGGUCUUAUCCUUUUUUGGUAACAAUCAAAAUGGGCUAACGGCAAGUCGAGUAAAUCACGUUGAUAGAGACUAUCAACGAACAUUUUGUCGGGUUCCUGAUGAAACGAAACUUUCUCCGUCCUUGCUUGAGAAAAGGCGCACCCGCGAUCAUGUUUUGAAAGCAUUUACUCAAAGAGUUCGGAUAAGUCUCAUUAAUAAUACAAGAGCUGUAACUCGUGCUCAAGAACGUCACCAGCUUUCUCCUAUCAUGACAAAAUUGGUCGGUAGAGCGAUGUCUGCAGCUUCACUACUGGCCAGCUGGCAAUAUGGAGAUGAGCGAGUCAUUUUAGAAUUUAGAGGUACUGGACCAGUUGAAAUGAUAUAUGCAGAAGCAAUUCGAAAUGGAGAAGUACGCGCGUAUACAACUACGCCGAAAGUAAAUCAAGCAAGCAAUAUGCCACUUGGAUUAGCACUAGGAGGAGGAGGAACCCUACGAAUCACCAAGGUGCUUUAUAACCAGGCUAGUCCUUACCAUUCAGUUGUUCCAUUGGCAAGUGCCGAUAUUUCGUCUGAUAUUUUUAAUUAUUACAAAUACUCAGAACAAAUUCCGGCAUACGUUGACCUUGACACCCAGCUGGACUAUCAAGACAGAGUUACAUUUUCCGGCGGCCUGAUUAUAGAAGCUUUGCCGGCGCUGAAGGACGAAAAAUCAAAUCAAAACUAUUUAGAGCCUUAUGUUCAUCGCCUUCAAAACCUGCCGCCUAUGUCGGUCCUGUUUGGUCAGGAUAAGCAUUCUUUAAAGACAGUGCUAAAGGCGAUUCUGCAGGAAGAACUAGAAGAACACAGCAUACAAAAACUGCUAGUCGAUUUCCAUUGUCGGUGUUCGAAGGACAAAAUUACCAAAUUAUUGAUAAAACUUCAAAAAGAAGAUCUAAGGGAAUUUUUAGACAGGCAGCCUGGUGAGAAGGCGGUUACAUGUCAAUUUUGUAACGAGCGGUAUAUGCUUGAUACAAGAGAAGUGGAAGAGUUAGAAGCAUUGUCAAAAGACUGAAAGGUUUUCAAAGGCAAAAAAAAAAGGGGCUUCGAGAUCUGCAGUUUUCGAUCAAGGGACUAGCGUGAGCUUUUUUAGUGGAAUUGAAUGCACGCGCCCGCGUUGCAUCAGAGAGUUGGCGUUUUAUGUGGCGCUGAAAUUUUUUAUUGAAAUGCACCUUCGUGAUGGUUAGAUCUGGACACCUGAAGGCUUCGAAAGCUUUUACGAGAGAAAAAAUGUACUCUGAGGUUAGAGAGAAGAUGGUUAUGCACUCGGAAUUUUUCGAGUUGGCAGAAUAAAAGGGCUAAAAGGGAGCCUUCCCUUC